GAUGAGCAGAGUAUAGAGGACCUUCCUACAGAUAACCGCCCAGAUGACUGUACCAGGAACUUAGAGAAACAGCUUAUAUCUUCAGAUUUUGAAGUAUCUAAUCAUGGUAUCACACGAGAUACAUAUGAAGAACAUACCAAUAUCCAAGACAUACCUUCAUCUAUUCAAAGCAAAAAGGUAUCACUUGAUCCUUUCAAACAGGUCCAAUCUUCUGAUUCAUCACAGACUGUAACACAAAAUAAAAGUCACAGAAGAGGUGUUAAACAUCAAACUGCUCUCAUAAAAAAGGAGCCAUUUUCAUGUACAGAAUGUGGGAAAUGUUUUAAGCAUAAAUCUGCUCUGGUUGUACAUCAGAGAAUUCACACAGGAGUGAAGCCAUUUUCAUGUUCAGAAUGUGGAAAGUGUCUUAGACUGAAAUCGGAUCUUAUUGUACAUCAGAGAAAUCACACAGGAGAGAAGCCAUUUUCAUGUUCAGAAUGUGGGAAAUGUUUUAACCAGAAAUCAGCUCUUCUUAGACAUGAGCUAAUUCACACAGGAGAGAAGCCAUUUUCAUGUUCAGAAUGUGGGAAAUGUUUUAACCAGAAAUCGGCUCUUCUUAGACAUGAGAUGAUUCACACAGGAGAGGAGACAUUUUCAUGUUCAGAAUGUGGAAAAUGUUUUAUCCAGAAAUCGGCCUUUGUUAAACAUCAGAGAAUUCACACAGGGGAGAAACCAUUUUCAUGUUCAGAAUGUGGGAAAUGUUUUAACCAGAAAUCGGAUCUUAUUAGACAUCUGAGAAUUCACACAGGGGAGAAACCAUUUUUAUGUUUAGAAUGUGGGAAAUGUUUUAAGCAGACAUCAGCUCUUCUUAGACAUGAGAGAAUUCACACAGGAGAGAAGCCAUUUUCAUGUUCAGAAUGUGGGAAAUGUUUUAACCAUAGAUCGACUUUUGUUACACAUCAGAGAAUUCACACAGGGGAGAAGCCAUUUUCAUGUUCAGAAUGUGGAAAAUGUUUUAAGCAUAAACCAGCUCUUCUUAGACAUGAGAGAAUUCACACAAGAGAGAAGCCACUUUCAUGUUCAUAA